AGAACCUUCGUGGCUUCCUGGAAAACUCAAACCACACAACUAGCACUUUUUAAGACGGAGGACGGCCUUUCUGGGGCUCAUUCUCUCGUCUGCAGGCAUCAAAGCAACGCCAAACGCCGACAUGCUGUGCAACUUUAGUGGACCCGUGCUGAUCAGAGUGCUCCCUCCGCUGCUGGUCACAGAGUUCUUUCUUGGUCUCGCUGGAAACGGCUUUGCCAUCUACAUCUUCUGCUUUCACAUGAGGCCCUGGAAAAGCAGCACGGUGCUGCUCUUCAACCUAGCAGUUGCUGACUUCUUGCUCAUCGCGACUCUGCCCUUCCGAGCCAGCUACUACCUGUCGGGGAUCAGCUGGUUGUUCGGCGAGACGAUCUGCAACGUCUGCCUCUUCAUGCUGGCCAUGAACCGCAGCGGGAGCACCUUCUUCCUGAUGGCCAUCGCUGUGGACAGGUACAUGCGCGUGGUGCAUCCCUACCACCCCAUCAACUCGUUGAGCGUGGGCAAGGCCACGUUGGGCGCUCUGGCGCUGUGGCUGGUCCCCAUUGCAAUGACCGUCCAGGUCUUCUCUAUGCAACACGUCAACACGACCUACUGCGAAAGCUUCAUGGUGGACACGAMCKCCAGAGGAAACCUGUCCUGGCACAAGUUCRCRUUUCUCUUCUUUUUCUACAUGCCUCUGCUGGUGAUCCUCUACUGCACCUUCCACAUCAUCAGCCAGCUGAGGAGGAGACAGCUGACUAACCAGACCAAGUUCAAGAAGGCUCUGAACUUAAUCGUGGUGGUGGCGGUCCUCUUCGUCGUCUGCUUCCUCCCCAGUAACAUCACGCUGCUGACCAUGUGGAUCAAGAUGGUGCCAGGGUUCGUCUGCGACGACGUGGAGCAGCUCACCAUCGCGUUCUACAUCACCGUCAGUUUGACUUAUCUCAACAGCGUGAUGGACCCCGUGGUCUACUACUUCUCCAGCCCGGGCUUCAAGAACAUCUUAAGGAGAACGCUGCACCUGCCCCAGACAGAGACUUGCGAGAGCAAGGAAAAGAGAACGCGCGAGACGGGGUCCCAGUCGCACAGCCAGCUGUGAUCUGCAGAUUCAAGAGUUAACAUCUGGUCAAAGAGCAUCAAGAUUGAGCAAGAUGAUGCCGUUUUUACUUCCCUUGUAGCUGUGGAAAAUGUUAUCUGUACUUUUCUUGCACAAGCCUGCCUCAGUAUGACCAUGAAUGCAUUUUUUUAUACAAUUUCUUUUGUUGUGCAUUUUAUGUGAAAGUUUUGCACUUUUUGUUCACCUUGUUUUAAUGAUUUUUUUCCCUCUCAUGACUUUAUAUGGAAACAAAUGUCAAUGAACGGGUAACGAAUGCAAAUUAAGGAAAUCUGAUAUUUUUGUACAAAUGAAACUGUCAUCAAACUUGUUACAUUUGUUGUCCAAAACCRAACAACUGUGACAACUUAAAGAACUACACUGAAUAAUUAGUACGUAUAUUUCUAGGGCAUUGCACCAAAAGCUUUGGUUUCAUUAAGACAUUCUGUUUCUUGGAGGGUUUUUGCAACCAGAUACAGCUAUUUAUGUGUCAUCUUUAAGUUUGCCGAACCGUAGCUUAGUUUAAAUAAUUUUGUGGAUGGAUGACAGUAUGGAUUGUAAUUCAGAAUUU